GCACCUCACCAGACAGAGACGCCACCAGCACACAAGAAGACGGCGGCGGGAUGUUCCUCCGGCGGAUCCUCAGCGGCGGGGGCGGGCUGGCGGCCCUGCGCUCCGCGCGGGCGGUGAAGCAAACGACGGGGAUCGUGGGGCUCGAGGUGGAGCCCGAGGCGCGGAAGGUGCUCAUCGGGCUCUACACGCGCGCCCUCGACGAGAUCAAGGCCGUCCCCGAGGACGAGGGCUACCGGAAGGCCGUCGAGUCCUUCACCCGCCACCGCCUCCAGAUCUGCCAGGAGGAGGACGACUGGAAGCGCAUCGAGGACCGCAUCGGCUGCGGCCAGGUCGAGGAGCUCAUCGAGGAGGCGCAGGACGAGCUCAAGCUCAUCGGCAAGAUGAUCGAGUGGGAUCCCUGGGGCGUUCCUGAUGACUACGAAUGUGAGGUUAUUGAAGAUGACACACCUAUUCCCAAGCAUGUUCCUCAGCACAAGCCUGUUGCACUUCCUGAGGAGUUCUUCAAGGCACUAGAUGCCAUGAAAGCAGAUCCAGCUCUGAAGGGUGAUUCUCCUCCACAAGUGAAGUCAUGAAACUUGAGCUCUCUGAGAUGCAUGCACCUUUUGCAGUGUGUAGUGAGACUAGUUUCAUGUGUCCUUUGACUGCAAUAUGCUUGAUGUAGCAAGCAGAAUAAAUUUGUUUGUCAAUGUGAAUGUGAAUGUGUUUUUAACGCAUCACUUCAACACAGUAAAGCUUGUCUGAUGAGUUAAUUACUGCGAACAUUGUUUAUUGUUUUCUGUUAAUUGAUGUUGAUGAAAGAUUAAAAGCUCAAA